CUCCUCCCCUUUUCAAGAUUUAUCUAGACCUUUCUUCACAGUUUGAACUGAUCUCUCGGCAAUUCCGUUACUUUGUGGGUGAUAUGGUGGACUUCUUAUAAAUUUGAUUCCAUUUGCCUGACAGAAAGCAUUGAAUUCAGUUGAUGAAAAAGGAGGUCCAUUAUCGGAUACAAGUUCUCUAGGAUGAAAAAAAUCAAAUCCUCACUACAAACGCCUGGCUAAAUUUGGAAUGGACGGACUACAAUCUCCGAUGGAAUGAAACCGAGUACGGAGGGGUCAAAGAUUUAAGAAUAACACCAAAUAAACUCUGGAAACCAGACGUUCUUAUGUAUAACAGUGCUGAUGAGGGUUUCGACGGGACUUUCCAAACAAAUGUUGUGGUCAAACAUAACGGCAGCUGCGUGUACAUCCCUCCAGGUAUCUUCAAGAGCACAUGCAAGAUAGACAUAACGUGGUUCCCCUUUGAUGAUCAACACUGUGACAUGAAGUUUGGUAGCUGGACCCACGAUGGUAACCAGCUUGACCUGAUUCUGAACUCGAAUACUGGAGGCGACCUUUCCGACUUCAUAACAAAUGGAGAAUGGUAUCUUAUUGGAAUGCCUGGCAAGAAAAAUACCAUCAUCUACGCUUGCUGCCCGGAACCAUAUGUGGAUGUUACGUUUACCAUUCAAAUUAGGAGAAGAACGCUUUACUACUUUUUCAACCUCAUAGUUCCUUGUGUACUGAUUUCUUCAAUGGCUCUACUGGGAUUCACUCUACCUCCUGACUCCGGUGAAAAAUUAACAUUAGGAACCUACUUCAAUUGCAUUAUGUUUAUGGUGGCUUCUUCGGUAGUAUUAACGGUGGUAGUGUUGAAUUACCAUCAUCGAACUGCUGACAUACAUGAGAUGCCGCAGUGGAUUAAAACAGUCUUCCUACAAUGGUUACCUUGGAUUCUUGGUAUGAGCCGACCAGGCAAAAAAAUCACACGAAAGACCAUCAUGAUGAAUAGUAGAAUGAAGGAGCUGGAACUAAAAGAACGAUCAUCUAAAAGUUUGUUAGCUAAUGUAUUAGAUAUUGAUGACGACAUACGCAAUGUCGGAGGAGCAUCAGGGAACAGUUCAACAAUGACUACGAGUCUGGGUGCUGGUUUUGGAAGAAACGCCACUACCAUUGAGGAUUCGUCGAUGCCCGGUACUAGCUUUGGCCAGCGAGAUUUGCAACUGAUUCUCAAGGAGCUACAGUUUAUUACAAAUAGAAUGAAGAAGGCGGAUGAAGAAGCUGAAGUAAUUAGUGACUGGAAGUUUGCGGCUAUGGUGGUAGACCGAUUUUGUCUGAUUAUAUUUACUAUGUUUACCAUCAUUGCCACAGUAGCGGUACUACUGUCGGCACCUCAUAUAAUCGUACAGUAGAUGGUUUCAAACGCGAGAGACUGUAAACUUUUCUGUGAUAGACAGCGCAGAAUGUGUCGGCAGUUCGGCAUAAAGCAAUGUGCAGGUGUGCCAUCCUCUGCGUGGAGCAUUCACCAGCAAAAUCAAGUACAAGGCAAGCACUUAUGUGCAGCUCAUUGCUAAGUAAUGUUUCAUGCUUCGGAGCCUAGGUACCUCAUUAAUCAGUCCAGACCAUCUUACCUCGCUCCAUUUUAGUUAAGUAAAUUUUUACAUAUAAAACUUCUGCGCAAAACAUUUUAGAUAAUGUAACCACAGUCUUCCUUAUUAGUUUUUAAGGUUCUUUUAUAUGCUUAGCUUAUUUCGUAUACAAAAAUGUUUUCAUGGUGAUAGUUUGGGUUAGACUAUAACUUUAAUAAUAUAGAAAGUGUGCCAAAUAAUUUAGAACUAUUUUUAGUAGGAAAAGUUUUGUUUUUUUUAAAUUUUCUAGUGUUUUGCAAAGUGAAUUAAUCUUAAUAUUAUGGAUUUGCUAUGAUGUUGUAAAGAUUUACUGGACUAACAUAAUAUAUCCACAUCAAGACAUCGGCUAUGCCUUGACCGUGAACACUUUGGGCAAACCAGAUAGGCCACCAAACUUUCAACUAUUAGAGGAUUUUUGAGAGGUAGUCAAUUUAAAAGUUCAAAAAAAAAAAAAUAGCAAAAUUGACUAGUUGGGAGAAAAUGUGAAUUUUAAACGAUCGGUAAGGGUGAUUUUUUUAAUUAACAAAGCUAGCAUUUGUUAGAUGCAUUAUUGGUUGUCGUACACGCGUGUCUGCCCUUUCUUUGACCUCAAACAAUGUAUCGGAGAAAUGUGAGACGAACUUGCCCCAAUAAGUUACAUUAAAAAAUGAGAAAAAAAAUUGUUUCAAAGAAUUGAGGGAUCGAAUAAGGGUUUAUUAGUACUUUCCUACAUAAUCGCAAGCAAUAUUACUUUAUUUUAAUAUUUUGGCAACUUGAAAAAAAAAAACUUGUAUUUGAGAAAGAAAAUUAACCACGGUCGUAAAGGUCUUAGCUUUUAUAUUCAAGAAAUGUUUUUAUUAACUCACAGAUUAAUACGUACCGAUUAAUCGAAGCUUGCUAAUAAGCUUCUUUGGGGUCAAUUAUACCACUUAGAGAAGUUGUAACCGAAGUUGAAACUUUUUUAAAUAAUAUCGUACUUUUAAAAAAAUAAAUGGCUAUGGACUAGAAGAUAAUAUACAAUUUGCAUCUGAUUCAAUUUGACAAUGAAUAUUAAGUAUGAGUUAUAUCUACGAAAAAAGAUUGGAGUUUUACGUAAUCGUAAAAUGUUUAAUAACAAGAACGUUUAUUUCCGGUACAUUCAAAAAUCUCAAAUUUAGGAUCUUUAAAAAUUAGGCAAAGUGAUUUCGAAAAAUAUUGGCAAAAUCUGUCAAUUUAAUAUGCAAUUAUAUAUUUAUAGCAUUUUUAACAGUGUGUUCAGUAUUGUCCACGUAGACAAAACUUGUUUCAGAUAGAUAAUAUCUGAAAACUGUAAUAAAAUUUGACAAAUUUUAAGAUACAGGUGGUCUAAGAAUGGAAAUAUUCUAAAAUAUCAGGGUUUAUCACAUUCCAGGGGCGGCUUCUCACCUUGCGUUCGGUAUUUUGCUCGAAGAGCAGAGCGUGCAGAGCGGAGCCGUAACCACGUGACCAGCGAGCGAACAGAGCAGAUGAACGCUGUAUAAAAGUGCCAGAAAUUUUAAUAAACGAACGCGAAUGAGGAUACACCGAGUACACUUUUUGAAUAAACGAACGGUAAAGUCAAGCUCGGAGAACUCAGACCAAAAUAACGAACGCACGGUCAAUAAGUGCGCUCGUGCGCGCGCACUGCCUCCAAAAACCAAGCAAGAAAAUAAAAUUAAAAUUUUGGAGAGAAAUGAAACUUCAUUUAAAAAAUACCUACCCAAUUUUCUAAGUUAGGAUAAAUAUCUACUCAUUUUUCUAUUUUUGAAUUCGCACGAACGGAACGAAAGCGCGCCCUGCGCCAGUCUUGUAUAUUUUUUUCUCCCGCUUGGUUGUGCUGGUGGUCCGGGUGGUCGGUGUGGAAUCGUUCGGCGCUCUGGGUAAAUGUGUUUUCUCGCUGUGCGAUUGAUGGGGAAUAUACGGUAAGUCGCCCGAUGAAAGGGAUACGCCGUGCGCUAUUUGAAUACACACUUCCAAUGUUGUUUCCACUCAAUCGAGAAUAUUUCGAUGUUUUUUCCCCAUUUUGGCGGUUUGACAACUCUGUUGUUCUCGGUUUUUUUUUAAAUUAUAAAUUUCAAUAUCAAUUAUGUAUUAUGGCUAGAAUACAAACAUUCAAGCCUCAUUUAUGUAUUUAAAUAUUUUUGUUUUCGAUAAUUUUUCCUAAAGUAAAAAGAAAAAAAAUCAACAUACAAAAUAAAUGUAAAACAGGACGUGGCACCUCCAAAAAAUUUUCCAAGAGCGCACAACCACACUAGGUUGCCACUGGCCGCCACUGUCACAUUCCUAUCUAUAAAAACACAUUUUUGUGCAAAUUAAUAUAUAACUUUAUUAUUUCUUUUUUUUUGUCUACUGAGUCAAUUAUUGAUUGAAGAAUUGUUUUGUUUCAAUACCACUAAUUGUAAAUAGUAAAUAUUUGUUUAAAAAAUUUAAAAAGUUUUCUCGAUUAUUUCCAUCUUAUGUAUAUAUAAUAUUACCUAUCACGAACCAAAAUAUAUAGGUAAUUUCUUCGCACAUUUCUCCGAUGCCUCUUCAAACAGAAAAAAGUUAAAGGUGUCCACCAUGUAUAAAACCAAUUGUGAUGAGAAUCGCAAAUUGAAUAAUAAUUAAUAAAUAGAUGUGAAGUACACGUGUGUGAAUUUUGGAGUAUUUUGCAUUAGUGCCGAACGGUUUUAUAUCAAUAAUUCAAGGCUGCAAGAAAUCGCUGUAAAAUUUUUUUCGGAAAAAAAAACCGUUAAAAUUCAUAUAAAAUCGUUUGGGGAGAGAAACGUUGUUUUUUAUACUAGAGCAAAGCUACUGAUUUUGAGCGACUACGAUGAUACGGUGAGGAAUAAUAAGCAUAGGCGUAUGCUAGAGCUUUUUUUUGAGCGAGUUAAGUAAGACCCUUGAAUCUGAUAUAAGGUCUGAGAAUAAAUUUUUUGUUGAAAUAUCUUCUUGAAGCAAUAAUAUUCAGAUGUCCGGUUCAAUUUGCGUUGGACUUCUGGAACUAUUAAAUAUAAAAUUUUGUAAGUAUAACACGGCAUAACCCCCAUGUUUUUAUCUGAAUACUAAAUAUUUUCGAAAACUAGCUAGUCGCUGUAGUAUAUCAAAUUAGUAACAAGUAAACCAGUUAUUCUCAAACUUUAGACCAGUACAUACCGUACCAAUUUUUUCUUAAUUGACUUGCCCAACUCGACUUUCGUGCCCGUAUCUUGGCUUCUGACGAUACGCCUUGGCAGAAACUUCUCAUUCAAAUCAACUUCUUUGCAGGUCAGUACUCAUGCUCCGUGUUUUUGGAUUUGGAGGCAUGUACGCAUGACUUUCACUACUGAUUGGGCCCAGGUUCUUUUAGCUUUAGCCGAAGAUUUUGUAUUACUUUUAUUGAAAAUUUGUUAGCAUGGCGGUAGUGACUACUUCGUUCAUCAAGACCUAUGAUCGUUGACGAUAUAAAUACAUUUAAUUAAAAUUUUCCACGAGAUUUUAUUGAAGAGUUUUCUGUUGAUAAUGUUAUACAAAAUCUUCCUCUUCGACUUUUCUAUUUCUAUCCAAAGAUAAAGGCUUUUCGUCUUUCAUAUUUUUUUAUAAUCAUUUUCGUCUUGCCCGUACAUGCCUAUCAAUAUCCUACUUUUAUAUGAUAUCAUAUAUUUAUACUGAUUUGUAUUUGAUGAAAUUUUUUUUCAUUGCUACUUAUUAGGGAUUACCAAAUUGUGUUGGUAAAAGGGAAGUAAACAACCUGACAAGUAAAACAAUAAUUGUUUACCUAAAAAUAAUGUACUUUUAAACCAUAUAGAAUUUAAUACAAUUUUAAUAAAAAAAUAAUGAAAGGUCGUUUCGGACAUUUUAUAACAUAGUGUUAAAUAAAAACUUACAUAUCUAUUAUUUAGUAGUUGUAAAGCCCUAAGUUUGGGGCAUGUCGUUAAAUUGAAAAACGACCUCAUAAUUUCGACCAAAUCUUUUUUUUAGUCUGAUAAGCACUUACUAUAUGUGAACAAUAUACUAUUAUUCUAAUAAAAUUAUACUUUUGUCUCUCUUGUUAAAAUUUAGUUUCAUAUUUUAGUGUCAAUAAUACGUACUUGAAUUUUUGGAUAUUACAGGGUGUUCCAAAAUUAUCGUGCAAUAAUUUGAAGGUGUAUUCGAUUUUAUGUGAUAUAACUGUAAAACGAAAUAUACAAGGUGUCCCAUAAACAUUAUUCAAACAACCAACAUCUCCUUUAAUAUGAUUAUGAUUAUAAAGAAAAUCAUCUAAAUUGUAGGGAAUAGGGCAAAAUUGAAUCCGACACAUUGAUAUUGAAAUUUUGGAUGGAACAGCAUGUUUAUUUUAGCAUAUUUGGCUCCAUGAAUAAUGUUCAUUAUCAAAAUAAAAUUGAUUAUGAUAAUAUAUAAACUGAUGAUUGGAAUUGAAAGUUUUUGAGUUUGGGCAGCUGUAAAUUCAAUAAUAGUGUUUUUCUCUCGUUACUCUCGACUCUCAAUCAAAGCAUAUCUCUAAAAAAGCGGUUGAAUUUGGAAACUCAGUAUCGUCUUAACUAAAAAUUAUUUGUAUGUACAGCGAUUGGGGUAUAGUGGGGUAGGCAUGGGAAAAAGUUAAAAUCCCAAAUAGGUUUGAAAGUUUUUGUUUUAGGAGGCAUACAGUCGUAUAUGAAUAAAGUGGAGCAGAUGCUUUUACUCCACCUCCGUUUCUUUUUGCUGCAUUAAAGCAGAAUAUGUUUAUCUCAGGAAAAUUAAGCAAAAGCAUUUGCUUCUGUUUUAUGCAUAUGAGUCAUUAUUUAUGUAUGACAGUCUUUCACUAUGUAACCUACGUCAGCCUGAAUCAACGAGAGGGACGUGAAGAUUUUUGGAAUUAUCAGGUAUCCGAUAUUUAAAAAAAUAUAUUGAUCUAGUUGACAGAAGCUGUAAACUGCUCAUAUCAUAAAAAGCUUACAGGAUAGUGGGUCUGUGAAUAUUUCUAUAAUUUUUUCUGCAUGGCCCCCCACAGACAAAAUGUCUGGCUGCGCCACUGACCCCAAUAAUAAACGAAAUCGCAUGAAAUUAUUAUCCACGGGUUUUCAUGAUGACUUGUGCCCCUCAUCUCAACAUAUGAGCAUAAGAAACAAAAUAUUCAAAAUACCAUUUUAAUGUCUUAUCUGAUGAGCUUUAUUUAGAAAGAGACUUGCACAAAAAGUUCACCCCCACUUUUGCAACUUUGUGAUAAUCAUAAGUACGAUAUUUUUUUGUAUCAUCGGCAUGAUUCAUCAUCUUUGAAUACAUGUUUGCUUUAAUAGAACCAAAACUGAAUUUCUGGUGGUAGAGUAUUUUUUCGCUGAAACUCUCAAAGUUACGCUCAAGAGAAAACAGGGUGAAUUUGAAACUUAUUUGUAGAUGUUAGAUUUUGAGAGCUUGCGUUUGUCAUCCAAAAAAUUUUUAAAUAAAAUUGGGAGCUAUUUGUGAGCUUUGGUGACCGCCACCCCGAUCAUCCAAUGUCGACAUUUUACAUGUUAAGAUAAUGAAAACGAUUUCAGAAUUUUUGAGGCUACUAUCCACCAUCGCCUUUUUACGUAGGUACUUAUUCAUUUUCUCUACUAUAUUAUUUCGUCAAAAUUCAGCCGGAUGAAGCCUUAUGGAGCCAAGAGAAAAAAAAUAAACGAUAUCCUUUACAGAAUUAGGUAAACCAAUUUUAAAGUCGGUUGGAAGGGUAUAGAAGACUUGCGCCACUGUAUAUGGAGAAUAUUCGCAUGGUACAACUUUUGCAAAACUAGUAUAGGUAGGUACCCAAGCAAUGUCAAACGUGUCUUAUUUUGAGCCUGCCCAACACUGGCUUCAAACAUGAAGCUUCGAUAAUUUCGAUAUCACUGUGCCAAAGGAAAUAGUUAUCAAAAUAGCUCACCUGGCGCACUAGGCUAGCCUAAUUAAAAAUAAAAAACCAAAUCCACAGCUUCCAGAUUUCUAUUAGGUACCUAGUUUGUGAUAAAUCGGGGUCGAGUUUAGCUGCAAAAAUCUUGAGUACCUACACUAUUCAAAAAUUGUAAAUUGUUAUCCAACCGUAUAUACGUGACUUUCAAAAAAAGUUUCUUAACCAACAACAUAGACGGAACAAGCGAUUAACUGAAAUCUUUUGGAUCGUAUCAACAUAAAUAUUUCUGCUCAAACUCAAACCCGACUGAACGUUACUCAAGUCUGUUUUAACGUAACUUUAAGAUGUAACUAAACCCUAAGCAUACGUGAUGUGUAUGGAACUAAUACGAGCUCUUUGUAAAACAGGCUUGAAACUUAUUUGUUUCAACAACAAUUCAAAAGCUGUCAGAGCCAAUCGACUUCCCUACUACUACUAUUUUCAGAGUUACACUUUUUUUUCGACCAAUACGUUGCUUGUUAGAACAAAAAUAAUAUAGAAAGUGUUCCAUUUACAAUUUUAUAAUGGUUCCAAGUGAAUCAAUGAAACUUUUCAUUAAUUCAUAACAUGUUUACCUAUUCUCAUUUUUUUUAUUAACCGUAAAUUAUUAUGCAUCAAAAAAAUACUAGGCAUCAUGCCUACCUACCAAUUUCAUGUAGAGUAAUUAAUGAGAGUCUUAACUACACUCACAAGCAUAUUUUUAAUAUUAUCAUAGAAUAGGUAGGUAGGUGGGUACUUUUUACAUUAAUUAUGGCACGUUUAUUUGAAACCUCUCUGUAUAAGCAAUUAUAUGUAUAUAAUUAUAUAAGCAAGAAAAAAAUUUAGGUUACCUACUAAGCGUAUUGUCAAAUUUCUCAUAGAAUUUUCACAUAUGGUUGAUGUUUUCAAUAAUUCAUCCACAUUAAUCAAAAUAACUUUUAAACAGCUCAUCCCAUCCUAGAAGCUUUUCCCAAAAAAUGUCCAAAAAAAGUAUGCAUGUUAUUAAGAGGGACAUUCGAAUGAAAUGACCAAAUAGUUUAGAGUCCUUCGUAAAAUCGUAGAGGAGCAAAAUUCACCAACCAACAUGUCCUGUAUCGGUACUGGUAAUAAUCAAAUUGGUACUAUUAAUUGCUCAUUUUUAUAAGAAUAUGAUCUGGCUGUCUAGACGUGAAACUAAUUAAAUUUAAUGUUUCAAACUAAGGUAGUACCUACCAUGACAUCCAUCGGAUAAUGUUUUAUCAUUCCCCAGUAUGUGUCACUAGAUAUAGGUAUCAAUGCUCCUUUACUUAAGUUCAACUUAAUUUAUUUGUGCUUUUUACGAAGUUUUGUAAAGAUAUAUAAUCCAAAUUGAAAAUAACUGAUUCAAUAGCAGCAUUGGCUUCAAAGAAUUCCCUUAGAUAUUCAACAAAUAAUAAAUAUAUUUCCUAAAAAUGUUAUUUAAUAUUUUUAGGAAAGAGACUGGAUACAGUACAGUACAGAUAUGUACCUAAUAAUCCUAAAAUUUUUCUGAGAAGCCUUUGCUGACAUCACUGGCUUUAAUGUUAUGUUACGAAUAGGUCAACGGAUGCUCAAACUACUACGUUGCCUUCGCCAUAUCACACUUAUGUUUCCUUAUCCAAAAGCUGGACUUAAAUUUUUGUCGAAUAAAAUUGUAUGAUUGAAAUAUACAUGAGAUAUGAGUUUUAA